CCUUGAUGUCAAAAUGCUGCAGGUACCAAAAGCUGAUAGGAAUCGUAAUGGAUAGGCCAUAGUUUGGAUUAGCGCUUUUGAUAGCAUGUCGAAGACGACGGAGGAAAGGCGGAAAGUUGACAAAAUCGGUUGGGCGACCACUGCGAUCCGGGGCACCAGGAUAUUCCCUGCAUAUACAAAGUUUAUCGUCGACUAACAUCCCUCUUCUCAUCAGAUGUUUUGAAUGGAUUCACCAAAGUAAACAACAUUACAGACUUGCCGAAGAAUGACCUUUGCUCAUACUGCAACAUUAACAAGCUCAGUCUGAUGCAAGGCUCUCCCUAUUCCGGCUAUGACAACCAGACAAUCCAACAACAGUACAAGUACACAGCAACCACCUGUGGCAAGAACGAUGCUGUCUUUGAUCCAACUCCAGGCGGCUUCCACCCCAACAAUACACUUCCCCCGGACAACACAUGUAUCUCCCACAAGAGAUAUAUAACAAAGGACGGUGAUUCAUGCGAUUCUAUCGCCCUUGGAAACAAUGUUUCGUCUGCUGCAUUGUUCUGGAUUAAUCCCCAGAUUCAAAACUGCACCUCCAUUCUCCCCAAGCAAACACUGUGUCUCCCUCUAUCAUGCCCUUCGCUCUACAAAGUCAAGCCAGAGGAUAGCUGUAUUGGUAUCGCAACCGCCAACACAGUUACGAAGCAGAGCCUCUUGUCCUGGAAUCCUGCUCUCAACCAGACGUGCGCAAACCUGCAAAGCGGUGUCUGGGGAAGUGUUCUUUGCGUAGCGCAAACACCACAACCUGUAGGCUCUAACAACGGAACUAGUCUUGAUCCUUGGACAGGCGGUAAUGGUAUUGUCACAUCCAACGUGACUGCUCCGACGGGCUCCUCCAUUGCAGACAAAACAACGCCUCACUGCGGUGGUUGGUACACGGCCAUUGAGACAGACUCCUGUGCCAGCAUCUGUAUUAAGAACGGCGUCACCUAUCCCAUCUUCCUAGGGUCUAACCCAUCGCUACACGACACUUCUUGCGACAAGGAUCUGGCUCCCGGAAAAGCAUACUGUGUGCACCCAUCAUCAACAUGGAACGUGACUAUGGUUGAUCGCAGUACCUGGGAAUUCAGCAACCAAACAUUUGGUGGCUCACUUGGGUUUGCCAACUUCAACAAUCAGAAGCUAGGGCCUCUUACUGCCGAAACUCACGGCCAAUUCACCACUGACACUCGAAAGCUCGUUAUUACUAGCAGAGCCUACACGAAAUUAGGCUUUGACGACAUAUGGAGUGACUCUACACUAGAGGGAGAUGUUGACAUAAAGUCUGCAUCUGGAGCAGCCGGGUUCUUCUUCCGAUCUAGUAAUGUGACAGAUGGACACUACGACUACGAUGAAUACUUCGUAGGUCUCUCCAAUCGAGGGUAUAUUAUUGUGACCAUACACUCCCGCGCCAACGGAAGUGACACACUUGCGACUGUUAAGGCCCCAGACAUUACCCAGAAAAAAGGACAGCAUCACCUCAAGAUCCAUGUGGCUGCAGAUACGAUUCAAGUCUAUCUGAAUGAUAUCAAAACCGCGAAGGUUAAAGUCAACGACAAGACGUAUACACAAGGAACAGUGGGCAUUCGCGCAGCUUCAUGUGAGAACUGCACGUUUGACAAUAUUCGUCUAGCGCCUCUUCAAGACUCCGAGAUUGCUUUUGACUUUGCAGACGGGACUCUAAGCGGGUGGGAGACGGCCAAUACUGACCUCUGGAGCGCCGCCUCCCGGGCCUUCGUGGGCAAAAGCUCCGAUGGCGGCAGGAUUCUCUCACCGAAAACCAUCUCGGGCGACAUCACCCUCGAAGCAGACCUCAUCCUGCCCACGUCUUCCAACAGCAAUGCAGGUUUUAUCUUCAAUGUGACUGAAGCUGGUCCCGGCGCGACUAACUUCCAGGGCUACUAUGUUGGCUUCGAUGUUAGCGGCUCUGUAAGCAUCAACCAAAUCAGCCACGCCUCGAAAGAACUGACUUCGACUCGAUACAACAACUACCAGGCGGACAGUGUCUUUCACGUUAUGAUCCGUGCCACGCAGAUAAGCAUCUCGGUCUUCAUCGAUGAUAUGCAGACUCGUGUUCUAACGACACCCAUCACGGGAUCACCGCUCGCUGGUCAGUUUGGCAUAGCGGUGCACAACACCGAUGUGACGGUUAAGAAUUUGUACGCAUACCCCUCCUUAGGUUAGCUUAACUUGGACAUGUAUGGUUUUGUCUUUGCCUUUGCGCUUAGUAAAAGUUGAUGUGACGUUGGAGGUUGGUGUCCGAGAAAGCCCCGUCGCAGCCUGAUACACACCAUGUAGCGCGUCAAGCCCUAC